AUGCAACGUCAUCUAUUGAAACCGUUUAUAUUGUCAGCGAGAAAAGCCUCAUCGAAUACACCAGUUAAAUUUGUCGGCCAAACCCCGAAUGGAUUUGUGCACGAUGGUUGGGCUGGGGCGCGUAUGCCAUUCAAUGUUCGCAACAAAUGGCUGUUCUUCACAAAGGCAACACUCUUCUUGGCCACUGGUUUUUGGGCACCAUUUCUAGUUGUUGAAUAUCAACUGCGUAAAGCGAAUCAGUCAUAG